AAACCCUACAUUUCCACAAUGCACAUCUCCAAUGUCUUCAUCUCACCUCUUGUUCAAGACCCUCCUUCUCCUCUGUCUCCUCUUCGUCUCGGCCACCGCUCACGGCGGCGGCGGCGACGACGAGGACCAUGAGCAUGACUCAGAGCCGGUUGAUCUGCGAAACAAAUCGCUGAUUCUGGUGAAGAUAUGGUGUUUGAUACUGGUGUUUGUGGGGACUUUUGUGGGUGGGAUUUCGCCGUAUUUUAUGAAAUGGAACGAGGGGUUUCUGGUUCUGGGGACUCAGUUUGCUGGCGGGGUGUUUUUGAGCACGGCGAUUAUGCAUUUCUUGAGCGAUGCGAAUGAGACUUUUGAGGAUUUGAGUGAUAAGGAGUACCCGUUUGCGUUUAUGUUGGCUUGUGCGGGUUACUUGUUGACCAUGCUGGCUGAUUCUGUUAUUUCUUAUGUUUAUGGCAAGCAGAAGACCACGAGUGUUUCGGCUAAUGAUGUUGAGCUGCAAGGUGAUCAGAGUGAAAAACGCGAUGACACCGAAAUACCUGUGUCAUCUUCACAAUUACAGGGUCAUCAUUCAACCAACCACUUUGUGAAUGCCCCAGUGGCCAGUGCUUCUUCUGUUGGAGACAGCAUCUUAUUGAUUUUUGCAUUAUGCUUUCACUCUGUCUUUGAGGGGAUAGCCAUCGGAAUUGCAGAUACUAAAGCUGAUGCUUGGAAAGCCCUCUGGACAAUAUCUUUGCACAAGAUAUUUGCAGCCAUUGCAAUGGGAAUAGCACUUCUUAGAAUGAUUCCUGACCGCCCUCUCUUAUCAUGUGUGGCAUACGCUUUUGCCUUCGCCAUUUCAAGUCCAAUUGGUGUCGCCAUUGGAAUUGUAAUAGAUGCCACAACUCAGGGUGCUGUGGCAGAUUGGAUCUUUGCCAUAUCUAUGGGCUUAGCCUGUGGUGUUUUCAUCCAUGUAUCUAUUAAUCAUCUGCUAACCAAAGGUUACGCCCCCCUGAAGUCUGUGAAGGUCGACACUCCACAUUACAGAUUCUUGGCAGUCACAUUGGGUGUUGCGGUGAUUGCUGUAGUGAUGAUAUGGGACACAUAAACUGUAUUUGCAAAUUAUUCAAUAGAUAUACUAUUUCUGAAACAGUUUGAUUACUGCUUAGCUAAGAGUGCAAAGAUAACAAUGUACAAUUGCUUAUUUCCUGUUUGGUGGUUUGCUGAAGUUAUGAAGGAUACGAUUUUAGUAAA